AUGGCCUCGAAUCCCCCAAUUAUCGAAGAUAGCAGCCACAACUUCAAUACCGACGAGGAAACCAUCGCUAUCAGGAAGAAACGGUUGAGGCGCGUGAGCUUUGCUGACCGCGAGAUCACUUCCGUCCACAUCUUCAACCGCGACGAUGAAUAUGAGACCCCUCCUGACCCAUCUUCCACGAAAAACGACAUUUCCGACCGAGACGAUGAACUUCAGAGGUUUUUCGGUGACCUCGCAGAUAGCGAUGAUUCUAAAGAAAUCUCAUCGCCCACUGGUGCUGUUGGGAACGAUAACGAUGAUUCCAUCAAUUCCAGGAAGUCGUUUUUUAGGCCGCUUGAAUCUCCGUCUCCCGGUAGUAACAGCAUCGUUGGCUCUGCUACUUCUAAUGAUGAGGACAAUUUUUUUGGGCCCGUGUCGGCAAGUUUUAUUAGACCUGGAAGAUUAUCUGAUUCUGGUGCAUCAGAUUGUAAUCUUGAUGUAACAAUGGAUUCGACUGCAUUUUCAAUGCAUUACCGAAGUCUUGUCAAGUCAGUAUCAGGUGAAGACUUAAAGACUCCUACUGAGGUUCUUGUUGCUGUCGAAGAGAAAACACCUUCCAAUAUUACCACCCCUUCUGAUCCAGGGAGUUUAAUGGUAUUGACAAAAGAUAGGAAGGUAAUUUUACGGAAUCCCUGUGGUAUUGUGGAGGGUAGUGGGGGUAGAGAUUCAAAUGAUAUGAGUCUUGUGGAAGAAAACAUGCGGAGUUAUGAUUAUGGGAAACUUUCUCCUGAUUUGGAAGCACUUUUAUCAGAAGCCAUGAAGGAGCCACAAGCUGCAUCUGCUUUCCUUUCUGAUUCUACUAAUGUGAAAUUGUUGGAAAGGAGUGAGGUUUCUAUAUUUGAUGAGAAUGGGAGCAGCCACAUGGAUAGAAAGGAUGGUGAAGAUAAAGAAAUAGGCAAGGUUGACAUGCUUGACAUAUCUGCCAAGGGAGUAUCUGUGGCCAGCAUGGAAUUAGACGAGGGAAAUGGCAUUUCUGUGAGCACCCUUGCUGAUCAGUGCAGCUCCCCUCUUAGAACUGAAGGUGUAGCAGUGAAUGCAUUCGCUCAUCACCGAGUACAAAGUCCUAUUCAGCUGAGCAAAGUGCAAACUACUGAUCAGCCGGGUGUAGUGCAAACUGCUGAUCAAGUGAGCAAAGCACAAACUGCCAAUCAGAUGAGCAAAUUACAAACUCAUAAUCAGAUUAUGCCAGUGAAUAAUAACAACAGUAAAGUUGCAAUUGCAAUGGAUGUGGAUUUACCUGCUGCUAGUAUUGGCAUCACAUCUAAUAUGGAUGCUCAAGUUCUGACGCUCGAUUCACUAAAAAUACAUGAAUCUGGACAGCAUUCAGCUGACAUUCUUAAAAAAAAUUAUUUUGAGGAUAGAAGAAAUAAUUAUGACCCUGAUCAUAAUUCUGAUAAACAACAUGGAUCCAUAUCUUCAUUGUCUGCUAAAAAAAGGCAGCAGAUAUUUUUGGAUGCUUCUAAAUCCUGUAGGCCAUUAUCAUAUGUGACUCCUUCACCGAAACAACCAGAUUCCUGUUUAGGCAAGGCAAACUUAAAAAGUGGUUGGGUUCAGCCUUCUCCCCUUGUGUCUAGUUUGAAAGAUAGAAUUGAAAAAUCAAAACUUAGAUCAUCAAAUUUCAUUUCUUCUGCAACUUCUUUCAAUUCAGUGGACAGAGAUCAUGAAAGGCUAAGGUUAAGCAACAUAGAUGGCUAUAGAACUGUGCCUCCAAGUGAUGUUGAUGAUUUGACUAACACCGCAAGCCUUUCAGAAGAUGAGGAGUCUCUUAUGCACAUGUCUGCACAUAUUCUGUCCAAGGAGAGGGAAGUCAGGCCACAUAUUUUGGCAGAGAAAUCGGUGGACAGGGCAUCACUUAUUCCUGGAUCUGGCUCCUCAUCAGUGGAGAUUAAAGUGGGUUCCGGAAAUCUUAUGAAAACAACCAAUGCACCUGCUAAUUUUGUUUCUCCUUCAUUGAAGGUGUUGAAUCAGGGGUUAUCAUCACCGAUAAAACACCAACAAAGUCUCUCUGGCGACAUGAAGCAGCAAUUGACAUUUGAUGAACUUGUUAGCAUUUGCUUCAAUCAAGAUAAGAAUUCAGCAGGUAAUGUUUCCAGUGGCAGCCAUUCCACUGCAGUCACUGACGAAUUGUUAUCACGGUUUGCUGAAAGGAGACCACAGUCUGGUUCACUUCUCCUUGAUAUUAAUUAUUCUGAAGACGGUUCUCAAGUGAAAUGGGUGGAUGACAGUCAAAGUUAUCUUCAGAAUAAGCAUGGUGCAUCUAAAUCCUCAGUGAACUUCCAAACUCCUUUUAGGGAGAGGAAUGCCUCAAAUAUUCAUUCAGGAAGCCCAGACAGGAAUAUCCUAAUUGUUGCUCCUGACCCGAGCCAUUCUGAAGAGGAACUUCCUGGGGAAAAAAAUAAAUCUCCUCUGCAGGCCUUAGCUUCCUUGUACAUUCCUAAUAAUAAUUUCCAGAGUUCUUCUGUUCGGAAAAGAAGAAUUGAAGAACCAGUUGUUGAGGAUGCAGAACAUGCAGAAGAGAUUAGGAGGAUAAAGAGGAGCCCAUACAAUAGGAAUCCAGAUUUGGAUAUGGAGCCCGUGCUGGAGUGUUCUAAUGGAAGCAUCAAUGAUAGGGAGAUGGUUAUAGGUGACUUGCCAUUGAAACGUUGGACUGAUAUUUCACUAAAAUUUUCGGCAGACACAAAACAGUUGCUUUCUCCAUCAAUUGAAAAGCUAAAUAUUAAAGUGAUUGGUAUGUUGCAAGAUAUUUUGGUUUGCCAGCAGAAGGUUAAGAAGUUUGAGAUGCUUUGUUCCCAAAUCCAGCCUCAGAAAAGAACACAGCAACUGAGCUCUGCAAUUCAGGAAUCCAAGAUUUUAAAAUCCAGCAGUAUUUGGCAUCCUUCCAUGUCUGGUGAAGUUGAUGAUAAUCUUCGAAAUUCAUGCACGGUUAAAUAUGGCAGAAAAAUCGAGGAUUCCAACGAGAAAUUAGUCACAAUGAGGCUUGAGUCUGAAGCUUUAGAUAGGAAUAUAAAGAGUUUAACUAAAUCUUUCCAUAGCUACUGCAAAAUGAAAGGUGAGCCAAGCUGUGCUGAGACUAUUGCUCUAGUUAAUGAUCAUCUGAGGAGGAGAACCUCUUGCAGGUUCAUACGCAAGGAUUUGCAGUUGUGGGAAGUUGAGGAUCUGAGUAGCAGGAAUGGUCAACUAAGUAUUGUUCUCAACUAUCAAGGCUUCAUCUGCCAAAGGUUCACAAUAAAUGCAGUUCCCAUCCGUAGUAUAUCUAUUGCAAACCAAUUGAAUUACAGAACUAUCACGAAGAUCUUCCCUAAUAUGGAUGCUUGUGUAGCAUUUUCAUAUGCUCUAAAUUCUGAGACUACUAAGAAGUAUGUUGGCUCCAAAAUUUUGGCACAAGAAACACAAUAUGGACAAACAAAUGAAGCUAAAUCAAUACCACUUUUGGGAGCUGGGACCUUUAACCUUGGAGUUUAUCCAUCAGCAGUUGUUCCAUAUCAGUUACAAGCUUCUGCUAAUGGAACACACAAGUUGUUGCCCGAGUCAGUCUCAGCUCAAGUAAAAGCUGAUGUUGAUAAUCUUACGAUCGGCUUUUCAAGGAUUGGCAUUCUGGUCAGUUUUGCUGAUUUUGCUAUAACAACCGUAACUACAAUUGCUCGUAGAGAUGUGCUGUUUUCACUAAAUAUAGUAUUUUUCGGUUUGGCUUCUCUUACCGUCAGGGUCCACUCGAGAGUAGUCUCUCUAUCUGAUAUCUGUUCUGAUGGGACAGGAAAGGAUUAUGAGAUGAGAUAUGAGUCUUUAGGCUUUAGGCUGCAGUGCAGGAGUUUCCUUAAAAUGGCUCCGACAUGGAAAUACAUUUACCAUUUGAAGGAAGAAAACUUCUGGAAUUUAAGGUUGAUGGCAGCCCAGGAAAUAGUUUCUGCGCACGCCUACAGGCCUAUGUGGAAACUGGAAAGUCUUCUUCACUUGCAGAAAUAG